AUGUUUUACGUAGAUUCUCAACGGACGGUCACACGUCGUGACAGUUCGUUGAUUCUCGGCAGGAAACCUGGACAAGAAUCGGAUUUUGAAAUAUGGUCUACUUUACAAGGCCAAUCUUCUGGGCCACUCAUCAGCGAGUCUGUAGGUUCCGUAGUUGUGCGGCCUAGGGGCUCUGUCAGAAAGGAAUUGAUAACAAUGAUGUUUGAAUCCAUGUUAGACAGCAUCGUAGAUUCAUGGGAAACUAUUCAGCCACCUAAAAGAGAGGAUAGCCCCCUAGAAUUGGGAAAGACGCCAAGUGAUAUAACAUUUUCGGGAAAGAAGAAAAAGACUUUGUCAAAAUCUUCCAAAUCAAAACGCAGUCGCUCAAAAGAUUUAGGGAAUGAUUCUCAAACUGUUUGGUGGUCAUGCCCAGAUGAAAAGGCUAUAAUAAGAUUUCGAAACGGGAACGUUUAUGAAGGAAACAUUUCUUCGAAAUGCAUGCAUGGCGAAGGUCGGUUCCAAUGGAAAGACGGAACGGUGUAUCUUGGCAAUUUUAAAGAUAACGAAAUGCAUGGUAAAGGAACGAUUCACUGGAAAAAUGAUACGUGGUAUGAGGGCGAGUUUGCCGGUAACUUACGUCAUGGCAAAGGACUAUAUGUGGACUCGCGCACUCAACGUUCCUAUACGGGCGGCUGGCAUUACGGAACGAAACACGGAGAGGGCGUCAUAUAUUACUCAAGAAAUUUUAAAAAUUCCUACGAUGGCCAAUGGAUUCAUAAUGAACGAUACGGGUAUGGAUCUCGAGAAUACUGCGAUUCAAGUGGGUACAAAGGAGACUGGGAAAGAAAUGUGAGACAAGGAAAAGGACUUAUGAUAUGGCCGAAUCACGACUUCUACCGAGGCGAGUGGCAGAAUGGUGUUAUGUCUGGUUAUGGUAUUUACAUCUGGGAAGCAUGUUACAAUAACACUCUGGCACUACCAUCCAUAAGUGCAUAUCGUGGUAUGUGGGAAAAGGGUCAGCGAAAUGGUUAUGGUGUGUUAAAUUUGGGACUUGGCUUAGGCUCUCACUACAAGGGAGAGUUUAAGAAAAAUAAGAAACAUGGCGUAGGAAAAUUUGUAACAAACAAUGGAUUCAUUCUCCAAGAUAAGAAUCUUUUUGUUGAUGAUAAUUUGGGACCCGUAAUGUCCUUUUCGACCAGAUUCUCCCAAGAAUCUAGGCGAACUAUAACUGCUAAUAAUGAACCUUAUCAAUUUGAGAUUUGCGACGAUACUGUGGGACUUAUUUACCACAUUGACCAAGCGCUUAAAAAUAUAGACAAACAGGCUGAAAUAAGAACAAAUAUCAUCAACGAAUUCUUGGAGAAUAAUAAACACAUAGAAAAAGAGAUGUCUCAAAUGGCCGGUAAAGAGGAGCUUCCGUCAGAAGAAGCUAUUAAACUGGAGAACUUCGACGACUUGAUCAUGUUUGAAGAAAGUUCAUUACACAAGUCUCUGAGGUGUUAUGAGACUGACUUGCUGAAUAUAUACUACAAAUAUGCUACCAUAUGCAACACCGAAGAAAUAGGAUUCACUCCUGUACUGACACGCUUGUUCCUCUGGCAAUUGUAUUACGACUGCAAUGUUCACGAGCGAGGCCUAACACUUGUUGAAAUUGAUAGAUUAUACCAUCAGAAUCCCGAAUGGCUGGCAAGGAAUCCACAUAACCCAUUUGAGAAAAUAUAUUUUUGGCAGUUUUUACAUAGCCUCAUAUCUGUUGCCAGCAAAUUAUAUGCAAAGAGAGAAAUGCCUGACACAAAGCCUGAUACAAUCCUCGCAAGUGCUUUUAGAACUUUCAUGGAAUUGGACGUGUUACCAGGAUCAUGUCGACAAAUAGGCAAAAGUCGUUUGGUGAAUGGUUAUGGGAAAUUUGUGCCUUUGAAAGCAACUUAUCAAUUGUACCGAACCCUGGGUGAGCCUCACACCGUGCGCACUUUCCUCUGUGCCGUACGACGUCCGCCACACUGCACGGACCAUCCCCAACCCAGCCUCAUCGAACUGCCAGACAUAUGCCUUCCACUUGGCCGUAACGUUUAUAUCUUUGGAGACGAAUUAACUUUCGUUGUUGACGAUAAUGAAAUCCCCGAUCCCUUUGAAAUAGAUGAUGACAUUGAAAACUUACGACUCUUCAACUUUGGGAACUUGUCAUGCAGGACCAUAAUUAAAAUAUUUGCUAAAAUUUUUCCGAUGCUCUGUGAAUCUGAUAAAAUUAUGAAUUUAGAUAUAGAAAUUACUUUUUUCGAAUUUUUUGAAGCCUUUGUAGCAUGUGCCGAAGAAAGUAUUCGCAUUAAAGAUGAAGAAUUAAAGUGGCGAGAUAAAUUUACUAUGAACAAUGAAACUGUGGCGCCACCAAGCACCCCCGCGGGUCAUGUGGCAAGAUCUAAGUAGUUAUCUGUGGUGCCCUUGUUGUUUCAGAUAUAAUUUUGUUUAUUAUAUUUU